AUGCGGCCUGCCAGCCCAAAGAUGAGCAGCCUCCCCGUCCUGCCCCUUUUCCUGCUCCUGCUCGCACUCCACGCCCCUCAGGCACAGGGGCAGCCCUUAACGACUUACCCCGAACUGUUCAAGGAAAUCGAGGCCAUCCUGAACAAGCCGCCUGUGCCUUCACAAGAACCCUUGAGCUUAAGUGAAGAAUCCAUCCUGAAGGAAUUCAAGACAGUCCUGCCCACCUCCACGUCCAAGUAUCUCCGCCUUCUGAAACGGAGCAAUGACCCUGCUGCUGUGAUGGAUGAAACAGUAGAAGUCAUCUCUGAAGUGUUUAACCCCCGGGAGCCGACAUGCCUGCAGACCCGCCUGGAGGUGUUUACGAAGGGCCUUCGGGGCAGCCUCACCAGGCUCAAGGGCUCCUUGACCUUGAUAGCCAGCCACUACAGGCAGCACUGCCCCCCUACCCUGGAAACUUCCUGUGCAAUCCACAACACCACUUUCGAAAUUUUCAAAGAGAACCUGAAUGCUUUUCUACUUAUCACCCCCCUUGACUGCUGGAAGCCAGUCCAGAAGUGA